UGUAGAAAAAGGAAAUAUGGCGGCGUUAGACAUGUGAUGGAGUUAUUUUUCGCUAUAUCGACCACUGAGGUCAUAAUCAAUGAAGAACAUUCAUCAAGGAAUGAAGAGUAAAAAUUUCAUACUACCAUACUUGAAGUCUGUCGUUAUAAAUCCUUGGUUAAAUAACUAGAGGCAGAUAAAAUGGGCUCCAAAGUCAAGGUGGCUGUGAGAGUUCGGCCAUUAAACCGGCGAGAGAUUGACCUUGGAGAUAAAGUCGUGGUUGAUAUGGUGGAUGGAAAUCAAACUGUACUUCAUUCUCCAGACAAGAAGCAAUCUAAGAACUUUGCCUUUGAUCACUGCUUCUGGUCUAUUGAUUCUGCCAAUGAGGAAAAGUAUGCAGCUCAAGAUAAGGUCUUUGAUUGCCUUGGCAAGGAUGUAUUGGUUAAUGCAUUUGAAGGCUACAAUGCUUGUAUAUUUGCCUAUGGACAGACAGGGUCUGGUAAAACAUAUACCAUGAUGGGAGUACAGAAUGAUAAAGGAAUCAUACCAAGACUAUGCGACAAUCUGUUUACUGGAAUAUCAGAGAACACAACGCAAGACAUCACUUACAAAGUAGAAGUAUCUUACAUUGAAAUCUACAAUGAAAGAGUUCGGGAUUUGCUUUGUCCCAGAGGAGGUAACACAGCUCUGAGGGUAAGGGAACAUAAAGUACUUGGACCAUACGUGGAGGGCUUAACCAAACUUGUUGUCUCGUCCUAUGAGGAUAUCGAAGCCAUCAUGGUAGAAGGGAACAAGUCACGUACAGUAGCAGCUACGCGCAUGAACACUGAAAGUAGUAGAUCACAUGCUGUCUUUAAUAUCGUACUGGCACGAACAGAAUAUGACCACGAUACAGAGUGUGUUGGCGAGAAAGUUAGUAAGCUGAGUCUUGUAGACUUGGCUGGCAGCGAAAGAGCCAGUAAAACAGGUGCUGAAGGAGAAAGACUGAAAGAAGGAAGCAAUAUUAAUAAAUCACUAACUACACUAGGACAAGUAAUAUCAAGCCUAGCUGAUCAGUCUUCAGUCAAACACCAUAAAAAAGGAGUGCAUUUUGUCCCUUAUCGAGACUCCGUUCUUACGUGGUUACUCAAGGAUAAUCUUGGUGGUAAUAGCAAGACUGUGAUGAUAGCUACCGUUAGUCCUUCAUCUGAUAACUAUGAAGAGACACUAUCCACGUUAAGAUACGCAGACCGCGCCAAGAGAAUCGUCAAUCAUGCUGUCGUCAAUGAAGAUCCUAAUGCUAGGAUCAUCCGCGAGCUUCGCGAAGAAGUCGAGCGGCUAAAACAGUUACUACAGUUGAAGAUUGCUGGCAAGUUAUCACCUGAAGAUGCUGGGGAGUUUGAGAUCCAGGAACAGUUAUCAGAGAGUGAGAAACUGAUGAAAGAGGCGACGAUGUCUUGGGAACAGAAAGAGAAACAAACAGAACAAAUUAUGCAGGAACGACAUAAAGCCUUGGAGGAAAUGGGUAUCUCAGUCCAGUCUUCAGGAAUAGCAGUCGAGAAAAACAAAUUUUAUCUAGUGAACCUGAACGCAGAUCCAUCCAUGAAUGAGCUGCUUGUCUAUUACUUAAAGGACCAUACUAAAAUUGGACGUCUGAACCCUAACCUACCUCCCCCUGAUAUCCAGUUAGGAGGUCUUGGUAUUCUACCUGAACACAGUACUAUGGAUAUUGAAGGCAAUGAGGUUUACCUAACUCCUAUGCCCAAUGCCAGGACAUUCGUUAACGGCAAAGAACUGAAAGAUCGAACGUUAUUAAAACACGGUGACAGAAUCCUCUGGGGGAAUAAUCACUUCUUUAGAAUUAACUGUCCACGGCUACCAGGCAGUGAGGUCCAGCCUGAACAACCAGUAGACUUUUUGUCUGCACAGCAUGAGUUGAUGAUGAACCAAAUCCAUCAAGGUCCAUUACAUGAAUCGAUAAAAGCGUUAGAGGAGCAGUACCAGGCUGAUAAACAAGGUGCAUUGGAAAAACAAAGACUGAUGUACGAAGAAAAAAUCGAAGAGCUUCGAAGUCAAGUCCAAACCAACCCACUUGGUAACAAAUUCACUGACAGAACAUGGAGUGUGGGGUCAUUCAGCUCUGGGUACGGGUCACGUAUGUCAUGGUACGAGGAUAGAGACACGCCAAUGAAUUACAUCGACAAACCAGAACAGCGUCCUCUUGUUUUAAAAGAAGAGGUAUUGAAGGCGAAUACUCUUGUCAGGGAAGCUAAUCAACUGAGCGAAGAAAUGAACAAGGACACGGAGUUCGCAGUCACUUUGCAGAUCCCGACAUCGAGUCUAAGUUUUGGUCGCAGUCGUUCAGGAUUCAGUAGUGAAGUUGCUAUUGUUGUGAAACACAAAUCUAGAGGAACACAAAUUUGGUCUCUGGACAAACUAGAGAACAAGAUAUUCGACAUGAGAGAACUAUACAACCAGUGCGUUGAUGAGGGGAUUGCGUUUAAUAGCAAGGAGGAUAACACGGAUCUUUUCUUUGAGGUGGAAUGUCACACUCUUAUUGGUGUGUGUAACGUGUUCUUAGAAUGUUUAUUACAUGAUGUUAGUCACGAGUAUGCUGCACCUAUCAUCAGCCAGCAGGGAGAGGUUUGUGGUCGACUUAAAGUUGAAGUUACUCGUGUUACUGAUAAGGGCUCCGAUAGCGAAUCGAUUGAAUCCGAGGACGGACGAGAAAGCCCCGAAGAUGAACCGGAGAUCGACGAUGACGAUGAAAUAGAAGAGUUUCAGCUUGGUAAUCGCAUGGAAGUGUGUGUACGCGUGAUUGAGGCGUUUGACCUUCCUCCUGCCUUGUGUAACUACGUGUUCUGUCAGUACCAGUUAUGGAAAGAUAAGGAUACCGUCGUGGUCCCGCCUAUUAAUGCCAGUAUUUCACAUCCAGGACCAAAAACUAACACUAUGAUCUUUGAAAACAAACAAUCUUUUGACAUCGAGAUCACUGAAGAUUUCCUGGAAUACGCAUCAGAAGGCUCACUUGCUAUUGAGGUGUGGGGGAACAGAAGUCAAGGCUUUGAUAGCACUCACAAGAUGAACUGGAAUUAUAAUGUGGAAGCUCCUCAGAAAGGACUUCAUGACAGGUGGCACGAACUUGUUCGUAAAUUGGAACUGUGGUUUGAAGUACACGAGAUCAACGACCAAGGAAUCUACGCCCCUGUUGAACUAAACAUACGCGAGGGUAGAGAAACUGGAGGAGUAUUCCAGCUACGACAAGGUCACUCGCGUCGUCUAGUAGUCAAGGUCAACCCUGUACCGAAGUCUGGGGCACUUCCUGUAGUAUGCAACACUAUAUCUAGUGUGUCUAUUGGAAGCAUAUGUGUCAGGAAAAAACAUUUGUUGGGACUUGACAGCUACCAAGAAAAGGAUUUGUCACUGCUACGUGAGAAGUGGUCAAACUCGUUGAUGAAGAGACGUGAAUAUCUUGAUCAACAAAUUCACUCUUCAAUGGGAAACCAAGAUAAGUCAGUAGUGGAUAAAGAACGCGAGAGCUGGUUAAUAGACCAGUGGGUUUGUCUUACUGAAGAACGUAAUGCUGUUCUCUGUCCUCUUCCUGGGAGUGGAAUACCAGGAUCACCGCAACCUGAUGAAGAUUUGAUUCGCCAAGGUCUGGAAGCACAUAUCCCUGUUAUUUUCCUCGAUUUGAAUGAUGAAUUUAGAAACGGGGCCGCAGACGACGCUUCUCCAGCUGGUGUAGAUACGACUCUAUCAUUUGAAAACCCUGAUAAUAUGAUAGAGUUGCCUAUAAUUAAAUACGACCAGAAACAGGUAUCUGCUACCGCGUCAUGGGACUCGUCUAUCCAUGAUGCCAUCGAACUGACGAGAGUAACUGGAUCGAACGAAAUGGUUUAUCUUAUAGUAAAGGUCGUAGUUGGACUGUCUAGCCCUGUAACGAUGGAGUUGGUUCUUCGGAAGAGAAUUUGCAUUAGAAUAUACAAGAAACAGAGUUGGAAGGACAGCCUCUUAAGAAGGCUAACAAAGGAAUAUCGACAUACCUGUGGUGUGGUUUACGAGCUCGUUUCGCACAUACCUCGGCAACCAGGAGAGGAGACAGAAGAGCGAGCGAGUCUAGCGCAAAUGGCCGCUCAAGCUGUUGGCGAAGAAGAAGAAGACGAAACGGUUCUACGGCGAUACAGUAAAGGGAUAUCAAACGUCGAAAGCUUGUUGGCACUUGACAAACUGAGACAGGAAGUUGUUGUGAAAGAAAAGUUAGCUGCCAUUGGUAAACCUCUAAGGAAGUUUGCUAGUACGCCCAACUUAGCGGCAGCGUCUGACUUCUCUUUUGGAACCAGUCCUGGUCGCUUUGAUUCCCCAGACACCAAUCGGCUAUUCGAUUUUAGGGGCAAUGUAUCCAGAGGACGCGAGGAUUUAUUGAUUGAUUUAUCGUCAUCCUACUCCUCCCCUUUGAGUAGUGGAGCAGGGGGAGUCGUCUUACGUGAACGAACCGCAAGAACUCCUAAUUCACGGCCAAGCUCUCUUCUCCUCGAGUUAGAAACUUUAAAAGAAGAUUCCAAGGAAGAUAAAAGCUCAGCCUCGCCAAGUCCUCGUGUUCCCCUUGUGCUUUUCGAUUUCAAUGGCUCUAAAUCAGUAGCUUCCGACGGCACUAUCAGUCCGACGGACAACCUCCGACAGAGAACAGCGAGUUCCGAUACGAUCACUUACGACGAUAAUGGACCGACGGUAUACGACGAUUUGCCGACGCCGACUCCAUUUACAUUACCGAAAAAGUUGAGCCUUCCUGCAAAGGCAGAAAACAUGAGUGCUGAUUUUCUCUCAACAAAAACUGAUGAUGUAUUAGAUUUAAGUUCGACGAAAAACGAGGAGUUUAAACCGGAUUCUACAUCUCAAAAAGGUGAUAAUUUGAUUUUAGAUUUAUUGAACAAUGAUAAAGGCGAGCUGUCGCUUGUCGAUCUUGAAAAUGUCAGUGUUACGAAUGACCAGGAAGCGAGUCUUCUCGAAGCAACGGCCAUUCCACCAAACCAGGUUAGUGCGGAAGGAGCUCGCAAUCUAUCUCCGUAUCUAAACUCAAGUGAAUUACAGCCCAUGGGCAAGAAAAACGAUUCGGAUGAAAAUUUCAUGGAUGAUGGCAGGGACGAGUUGUCUACCUCAAGGGAUGACUUAUCGUCUUUAGGAAGUCGCGAAGACUUGACCUCAUCCUUUGAUAGCAUGAACGAGGAAUGGGAUGAUGAAAGUGUCAGUCACUUACGGUCUGGUAUGGCUGUAAGACUUGCUGAAGGUAAAACUGGCGUCAUCAGGUUUAUUGGUCAGACUAGAUUUUCUCCUGGUGCGUGGAUCGGAGUGGAGCUCGAUAAGCCUGGAGGAAAAAAUGAUGGCUCCGUUAAAGGUAUUCGAUACUUUGCCUGUAAACCAAGAUUCGGUUCAUUUGUCCGCCCCGACAAGGUUACUCCAAUUGAGCACAGUGCUCGAGAACGAACCACGUCCCGCAAGUUUACGGGAUCCCGGGAUAACACCUCGAGAACCGCGUCUAACAGAGGCCUAGACAAAACCGAAAGCACAUCUCGUACAUCUCUUGUAAAAAAUGCCGCCAAACGACGGACUGAGAGUCCCACGAGAGGUCGUACCGAUAGUCCCGUCGGAGAAUCCCGCACUGCGGGACGGGUCGAGAAUACGCCUAGCCCCGUAGUAAGGCGCGAGAAUGCCGCUGCAAAUCGUAAAAAGAACGACUGGAAAAGACGGUCAAAUAUUUUAUUUUAAAUUCGGGAAUUUAUUCGAUAAUUGAAGGCAUAAACCUUCAAUAGCAAAUCAAUAAUUGGAACGCUUUAGUAUGGUAAGAUCAGCGAAGGGGAACUCCUGAACUAAAUCGGGGAAAUCGUACGAUAGCAAUGUCUCCUGGUUUAAACACGUCAAAUGAUUGAAUAUCUGGUGGUGUAUCAGCACCUCUUCGAUGAUCUUAUGAAGGAUCUCCCAGAAGACCCUGUGAAAGCAUCCAAUAAUACGAGAAUGAUCCGAUAGCGUAUCUACCUCACGGUUUGAGCGUCGAUAACUCCUUCACGAGGUCAAAUACGAGAAUAUUCCGAUAGCGUAUCUACCUCACGGUUUGAGCGUCGAUAACUCCUUCACGAGGUCAAAUACGAGAAUAUUCCGAUAGCGUAUCUACCUCACGGUUUGAGCGUCGAUAACUCCUUCACGAGGUCAAACACGAGAAUAAUCCGAUAGCGUAUACAUGUACGUCAAGGUUUGGGGAACGUUGAUGUCUGCUUCACGACAAACAUUGAACAGGAUGAAGGUCAAAUACGUUAAUUUAAUGCAUGGUUUUUUUAUUUGUUUAUGUGGGGAUUUUAAGAUCAUUCUUCAUUUUAAUUGUUUUAUUUUAUUUCUUAGACAGUAAUAGUUAAUUGGGUUCAUAUUUUAUGGCCCAAAGUGUUUUUUAGCACUUAAGGUGUUUUCUACAGAUCCACUUUUUUGGUGUUCGCUGAGGUAAUGAUUUUGAAACGUUUGUUAACAACAACAAUAACCCAAAUAACAAAAAUACUACCAUUAGCAUCAACAACAACCAAAAUAAACGCACUAGCAUCAUCGCCAUCGCCAUCAAUUACGAAGAUAACCACAAUCAAAAUAACAAAAAACAAAGAAAAAUAUAACAUUGCGAACAACAACAACAAAAACAGAAUUAGCACACUACCGUCAUCACAAUCCAUAACAAUAACUACAAUCAAAAUAACAACAACAAUACUACCAUUCCAAUACCACCACCAACAACCACAACGAUGACCAAUACCUCAACAGCAACAAAUGACAUUGAUUAAACGAUAGCAAUAACAAAAAUGAUAACAAUAACGACAACUACAUCAAUAACACUAUAGAAACGAUAAUACGACAAUGUCAGUCACAACAACGACAAAUCUUAGCCAAGAGUUAGAGCAGUUUUCGUAUGACUGUGAAAACCUCACAGCAUAAACACAGUCGUGACACUGCAAGGGAUACGCCAGACCAAUCACACUGCUCGAAAAUUUACUCUCCAUCCAAUCAAAUACCCGGAACACGGCGUUGACACGGUCACACCAAGGUCACGGCACUGUCAGACCAAUCACAAUGCGCGAGAAAAAAAUCAGCCAAUCCAAAUUCUAGAAACCACGGUCACGGCAAGGCACGCAUACGGAACUGAGCUUUUCACAGUCAUACGAAAACUGCACUAACAAGAAUAAUAGCAAUAACAUCAAAAGAUAUAACUUUCAGCUGACACCAAAAAGAGCGAAGGACCUGAACACAAACAUAGAAUAAUAGAAAAAAAAUACAAUAAGAUUUCAAUUGUAAAUAGCUUAUAGAUAAAGGUUAGGAACAAGGCGGGAUUUGCAUUCCAGCUCUUAAACUGUUUACUCUAAGAAAGCCAUAGAAAAUAUGCAGCAGUCGAAAAAGUGGAAAGUUAAAAAUUGGUAGACGACAUCGUUCUGAACAACUCGUUCUUAUGGCUCUUAAUUGGUUAAGAAGAGCAAUAGCGCAUGUUUAGUUAUCUACAACGGGUCGUAUCACGUCGUAUUUACUAUAGGUCACGUGACUAUCCGCGUCUGCCAUUAUGAUAGACAAUACAGUACUAGUAUUGGACGUUUUUUAGAAUUUAUUCUCAUAUCACGAUCAGUUUUUUAUUACAGAAUCAUAUGUUCUCUUAAUAAUUUACAAAUACGAUAAACACUUACGAAGUUAAGGCUGAGUUAAGGGAAUUUAGUAUUAAAAAAACACGCAAAGGUAUGGUCCUGUUGCUGGGUUUCAAUCCGCUUAUAAAAGUCUUUGGAUCUCAUCUGUUCCGAAUGAUGGUCAAACACUGACCAACAUGUGCUUGCUUUCAGCCAGAAAAAAUUCUAUAAAAACAUUGCAAAAGAUAUUUUCCAAGAUGCGUGAGCGUUGUCAAAAGUAUCGCUUGCUCAGAUUCGAAAGCGAGGAGGAUUAAUAUUCUUUCCUUCAAGGGUUUUUUUGAACGUUGUCCAAAAAUUCCUCGUUUUUCAUGUCUGCGCCUACGAUAUUGAUGAAAGCGCCCGCUCAUCUCGGAAACCAUCUAUUCAGCUGAUGAACAUUGAGAAACCCAGCAAUAGAUACUGACCAUGAUAAUGGAGUCUAUAUUUCACGAAUCGGAUAGUUCGAGUGUUUUUCAUGUUUCUGCGGCCCAAAGACAACUCCGUACGGUGUUUCUAAGUUUUUGGUUUCGUUUCAAAUUUACAACGGCCUCGUAAGGCGCGAUUACAUAGAGCAAUUUUCUCUGCAACUUGUUUCGCAACAGCGUUGCGAUGCUCCGUGCAACUUGCCGGUGUCGCAACAUUUUUUCGGGCCAAGUUGCAGAGAAAAUUGUCGCUCCGUGUUACUGAGCUUUUAGUCAGUAAACUUUGUGAGGACUUGCUAGGGAAAAUUGGUUAUCCCUUUUUGUCUAACCAAGGAUCUGCCUUGGUCGCAAAAACUUGAAAACUGCUCCAUAAACGAGAGGAUUUUUCGAAUGAGCGGGAAACGUACAUUUUAAAUCUUUAACCAAUCAAACCAAUCAAAAACCGAGAUAUACCCUCGGCCAAUCACAGUGCCCGGAAGCCAUUUAAGUGCAGCCACUUUGCGUUUCCCUCUCGUACUAAAUUUCCUAAAAGGAAUUUUCUCAACUUCUACAUCCUAUUAUAAAUUUUUUCGGAGCGAUCACGAUAUUAUUUUAAACGCUAAAAAUUUGAAUAUCCAAAGACCAUUGGAUGCAAAAAGAAAAUUAAAUAAAGACCGAGUAGAGGUCUAAUCAGUUUUUUUAAUAUUUAGGAGAAAAGGGGUAGGGAUAUACGAAGAUAUUUUGCUACAUUAUUGCAAUAGAAAUAGAAUAAAUGAAUCGAGUAAUAAACCAAGUCUUUCUUAACGAAGAAUCUUCGAAUGGUUUUCUUGAUAAGACUUCGACAAGUAAAAAUGAAUUAAGUAAAUAAAAUCGUGAAAAACAUCAAA